AUGCCGGUGCUUAGAAUUCUUUUGCUUUCUGGCCACGAAGGCAGCCAUCCAACAAUGCGCAAGGUCGUCGGCUCUGCGAGCGAGGCGGUUGCCGACGUGCCGGCCGGCGCCACACUGCUGGUGGGCGGCUUUGGCCUCUCCGGCGUGCCGGAGAACUUGAUAACUGCGCUGCGCGACCGCGCUUGCGGUGGACUCACCGUCGUCAGCUCCAACGUGGGCACGAGUGAGCGCGGGCUCGGGCUGCUCUUCCAGACAAGGCAGAUCGCAAAGGUG